GUCUCUAUAGAAGCCUUUUGUGCUAUAUUUCUAACUCCCAACACUUCCUUAUCUUAUCUUCUCCAUCUUUGAGGUUCUCAUAGAAGCUUCUGGAGAUGGCUGGCAUAGCAUUCGGACGUUUCGAUGAUUCUUUCAGUUUGAGCUCCAUCAAGGCCUAUAUUGCUGAGUUCAUCUCAACCUUGCUCUUUGUUUUUGCUGGUGUUGGUUCAGCCAUAGCCUAUGCUAAGUUGACAUCAGAUGCAGCUCUUGAUCCUGCUGGGUUGGUAGCUGUUGCUAUUUGCCACGGUUUUGCUCUCUUCGUCGCUGUUUCUGUCGGAGCCAACAUUUCUGGUGGCCACGUCAACCCUGCUGUGACCUUUGGCUUGGCUCUUGGGGGCCAAAUCACCAUCCUCACUGGUAUCUUCUACGUGAUUGCACAGCUUCUUGGCUCCAUAGUUGCAUGCUUACUCCUCAAGUUUAUCACUGGUUUUACUACUCCUAUCCACAGUGUUGCUGCUGGAGUUGGAGCUGGUGAAGGAGUUGUUACAGAGAUUAUCAUCACAUUUGGAUUAGUAUACACUGUGUAUGCCACAGCAGCUGACCCCAAAAAGGGUUCAUUGGGAACAAUUGCACCCAUUGCCAUAGGUUUCAUUGUUGGUGCGAACAUCUUAGCAGCAGGACCAUUCUCUGGCGGAUCAAUGAACCCUGCACGCUCCUUUGGCCCUGCAGUGGUUAGUGGUGACUUCCAUGACAACUGGAUCUACUGGGUUGGACCUCUUGUUGGUGGUGGCUUGGCUGGUCUUAUCUACACCUAUGCCUUCAUCCCUACCCAGCAUGCACCUCUUGCCACUGAAUUUUGAUUCAUUAAUCAUUGCAUGUUUUAAUUAAUUUCUCUGUAAUAAAGGAGGAUAAGUAACUCUUGCUUUUCCUUCUUUUCUUCUCAGCUUUAUCCCUUUGUUUUUGCAUUUAUUGUAAAGUUGGGAGUCAUUGUUUUGUUGUAAGAAUUCAUGAGGUUGCUAAUGUAGUUUUUUUUUCCCUUAAAAAAGAAAUAUAUCUCA